AUGCGGGGUCUCGGCGAAGCUUUUGCCAGUCCAGCAGCCACGCUAACGGUACCUCGGCUCCCAACAAGCACCAGUGAUGGGAGCGCAGUGGUGCAGUACGUCGCGCAGAACCUGCGCCCCCAGCAUUCCCUGCCGGCGGUGACGCUGACUUAUGCUCAAAGUCUAGAUGGGUCCAUCGCUACGGCCGGCAACAAGCGGGUCCUGAUCAGUGGGCAGCAGAGUAUGACCAUGACACAUCGCUUCCGCACCAUGCAUGAUGCCAUCUUGAUUGGAGUGGGCACGCUUCUGGUAGAUGACCCGCUGCUGACAGCACGGCUGGUUCCAGGUCGAAGUCCUCUGCCAGUUGUGCUGGACUCCAGGCUACGGUCACCAACGACUUCGCGCCUGGUGGCACGAGCUGCAGAAAGCGCUGGCGCAGGGCUCGUGAUCGUCACCACAGAGGGCGGCUGCGAGGAGAAGCGCCAGCGCUCCCUGGCACUGGCAGCGCUCCCUGGCGUGCGCGUCGUGGUCGUGCCUGAAGUAGAUGGCCGCGCAUCGCUACAGCAUAUGCUGAGCGCGCUCUACACACAGUUCGGCUGCGCUUCGCUGAUGGUCGAAGGUGGCCGGGAAGUCAUUGGCAGCUUUCUGAGAAAUCCUCAGCUGGUCACCAACUUUGUGGCUACAGUCAGCCCAAGAUUCCUGGGUGGCCUUGGUCCUUCCCUAGCCUCUGGAGGAUCUGGAGGCGGGCUUAUGAGCCUUCACGAGCUGCAUAGCUGUGCUGUGGGAGAAGAUAUCGUGGUCUACGGUGCCCCCGCGGGCGACACAAACGGGAGGAAUGGCGCAAGGUCUUCGUCUCCACUGACUGCGGCCGCAAGUGAUGGUCACCCAGUCGAACCUGUGAACUUGAGGAGUAGCUGUCGCAUGUGGGUCGAGGCAAUCGAUGCCGAGUGCGAAAUGAAGGUCUACAGCACAAGCAAGCCAGGCCAAGAGAUUGUUGCCCUUGUCAAGGGCGAAGUGGCCGGGGCAAAAGAAGUCCCGGUCCGCGUGCAUUCCGAGUGCUUCACCGGCGACGUCUUGGGCUCGAAGCGAUGCGACUGCGGACCGCAGCUUCACAGCUUUCUUCAUGUCCUUCACAUGGAGACAAACGGGGUGCUUCUCUACAUUCGAGGUGAUGAGGGCCGUGGCAUCGGCCUGGUCAACAAGAUUCGGGCGUACGAGCUCCAGGAGAAAGGAUUGGACACAGUGGAUGCCAAUCUCUCGCUUGGGCUCGAGGCGGACCUGCGGACCUUCGAGGGCUCGAGGAAGGUGCUGGAGGGCCUCGGCGUGCGGUCCAUUCGGCUCUACACCAACAAUCCCGAGAAGGUACGAGCACUCCAGCCCCUUACAUGUGAGGUCUGCCCACUGAGCUGCACACCCAACGAGCACAACAUGAGCUAUCUGCUUACAAAGCGCAAUCGCCUGAACCAUGCAACGCUUCUGUCGGAGCUGGGCAAGGUUCCCAAGGCUUCCAGCUCCCAAUUCUCGACUGAGGACAGGCCAUUUUGA